AUGACAGAGCUUGAUGAUGAAGAAGUGUCUUCUUCUUCCACUUUUGAUCUGAGCCAAUUGCCAAGUUCCUUUAAAAAGUUUCUUGACGACAAUUCGAUAGAUCCAGCCAUUUACACUGUAGUAGAUCUGCCUCGAUAUUUUCGAAUCAAUACUAGCCUGCCAAAAGAAAAGUGGCCCACAUUAGAAGGAUUAAGAGAACAGUUCAAGACAGAUCAAGUGCAAGAGAUCAAAGGCAUCAAAGGCUUCUUUAGUGUAAAAUUAGACAAUGUUCGCCUUUCCGACACUCAAGCGUAUAAAGAAUCUGCAAUAUUUGGCAUAGAUGUCAGCUCAGCCAUUGCGGUAGAAGCAUUAUCCAUCACCCAAGACGAUCAAGUGCUAGAUUUAUGUUGUGCACCAGGAGCUAAAUUAUGCAUGAUUUCUAAUCUGUUUGGAAAAGAAGGUGUAGGAACAGUGACAGGAGUUGACAUUGCUGAGCAUCGAUUGUCCACUUGUCGGUCAUUGCUAAAGAGAUAUAAAGUAGGAGAAAGGGUGCGUCUGUUCAAGGCAGAUGGUACUACAUUUUCUAUACUUCCUCCUUCGCGAAUAGGCAAUAGAGUGAUUCACGAAGAGCACGACAGUAAACGUCAAAAGACAGAGAUUGUCAAACCAUUCUGGGCACCUAAAACACUUCGAUACGAUAGACAGAUAAAUCAUGGUGUAUUAUAUGACAAAGUGCUAGUAGAUGCAGAAUGCACACAUGAUGGGUCUAUAGCACAUAUUCUAAAGUAUGAAAAAUGGGGUUGGGACUCUUUUGAAAAGAAUUUUAUGGACUCAAACAGACUAAACUCAAUCACCGAGUUGCAGCGUAACUUAAUGAAACAAGGCUGGAGGAUGCUAAAGAAGGGAGGCAUAAUGGUCUAUAGCACAUGCUCACUAACCAUCAGUCAGAAUGAGGAAAAUACAGCAUGGUUUUUGACUGAGCAUCCGGAUGCUCAGAUAGAAAAGAUACCCAACUAUGACAUUCAAUCUUCCCCUAUCAAAAAACAGAAUAUAAACUAUAAGCUUCAAGGUGCCCUGGAAGAGCACUGUGUACGAUUUGAUCCAAUUGCAAGCUGUACAAGUGGUUUCUUUUUGGUCAAAUUUGUCAAAAAGCUUUAA